ACAGUGGUCGUUACGGCGGCUCCAGGCGAUCGACGCGUCUCACCCAACAAACGUACUUAUCUAUGGCGUCACGAUAAGAUAUUAUUACUUGUCCCCGCACUACCGGCGGAGACGUAGCUCAAAGCGGUCUGUUAACGGUUUCUGAGUGCAAUACCGUUUUCUUCGCACCACCGUCCGAAUAAAAUAAACCGUUCGUACGUAACAUGGCCGCGUAUUUGCCCUCUACGCUGCACAUGAACGAACUACCCGCCGUGCGCCUGAAACUUACCGAACCGCCUUUGGCCCGAAUCGUACAAGCCGUUUUACCUGGUCUAAAAAAAAAUUUCGAGUCAGUAUCUGUUGAAGUGGUGCCUUGUCCAGAUUUAACACAACCGCCGUUCUACUUGGCUACCGAAGGACUGAGUGGCAAUGAGACAGUAAUCGAUGUCGGCAGUCCAUCAUAUCUGCUGCCAUCGGUGAAUUUGGACAAGCUAUAUGACAUCAAGGACUUUAAAAAGGUUAUUGGAUCUGAUCCUUUAAGCAUUGUCGGAGCAGGAGCAGGCCCGUGGCCAUACGUUGGAGUCAAUAGCGAAUUUAUUGGAAACGUCAAAUUUUCCGGCAAUAAUCACACUAUUAAUCGUUCUCAUUUUUACAAAAUCAAUCCUGAGACCAAAGGUAUCUUACACGGAAAUUUACCUCAAAACGAGACCAGAUUUGCGUUACUGGCAAAUUUUUACACUAGCAAUGGUUUCAGCGGAGAGGUUUUGAAAAUAGUUUGCGAAACACGAAAAGGUCCAUUAGAUUUCGUAUCGUCUAUAAGAGAAGCGUUGGCAAACUAUUACGGCGAAGAAACGGUCGCUUUAGGAGGAGCGAUUCUAAUUGAAAAUGGUAAAGUUAAAGUCCACGUGAUGCCGGAAUUUUCGAAAACCCCCCUAAAUACAGAAACAGAAUUAAACAACUGGCUUAAUUUCUUUGAAGUUUCCACACCGUUAGUAGGGCUCGGCUAUCUCGUUUCCAAUGACCCGGGAUUGGAUUUGAGGCCCCAGCAUUUUCAUUUGUUCAGUGAUCACGGUUUCGGCGGUCAUUAUCAUUACGACACAGAGCCGAUCACUAUAAAGUAUACUGCUUAUUUAAAUGUGGCCAAAAACUUGAUCAGAAUUGAUCAACCUAAAAAAAGUCUUUCGUUUGGUAAAGAUUAACGACUAAUUUAGUACGUGAAUAAAUUAUAUUUUUUUUAAAAUAUAGCUCAAUAUAUUUGAUUUUAAUUAUGAA